AUGAAGAGAAGCAGAGAAGAUGAUCAGCAGACCCUGGACUUGGUUAAUUGCUUGAUGCUGUUAUCCAAAGACGUCGGUCAAAAGGGUUCAUCCCCAAUCAAAAAACAGAAGACGUCAGAUCGUGCCUUUGCUUGCAAGACGUGUAACCACGAGUUCUCCUCGUUCCAAGCCCUCGGAGGUCACAGAGCGAGUCAACAUCAACCUAAACUAGUGGCCAGAAAUGGUGCCUCCGACCUCUUGCAGCUAGCACAGUCAUCUCCAAGCUCGCCGGCCAAGCCCAAGUCUCACGAGUGCCCCAUCUGCGGGGUUGAAUUCGCAAUCGGGCAAGCGCUUGGGGGUCACAUGAGGAGACACAGGGACGUCAUGAUUUCUGCUGCUGCUGAUCGGGGUCAGGCGGCAGCCGUGCCGGUGUUGAAGAAAUCGAAUAGUAGCAAAACUGUGUCGUGCUUGAAUCUGGACUUGAAUUUGGCACCACCGGGCUAUCAACACUACAACAAAUAUGGGUUAUAA